UUCAGGGGAACACUGUUUGAUGUUACAGAAAUCAUCUUUGGAUAACAUCCGAAUUUUUGUUGUAUUUUCUACGAGGAACGUCAAAAAAGUUCAUUAGUGUUUUUGUCCUUUAAAUAAAACAAUUUUAGAAUAUCAGCUUCGAAUAGAUGCAGCUGAAUAGUGUUAAAUAACUUAAAACGUAUAGCAAUACAUUACAGAAUGGAUUAUUCUCUGUGAAAACUGACAAUUGUGGAUUUUGUUUAUCCAGUGAGAAUUCUAUUGAUAAAACGUGUCCAUGUUUAUAUUAAUAGAAACAAUAUCCUGGGGCUACCGUCAGGAUAGUGAUGUAGUUAUAUAAACUGAAGCCAUAUUCAAGCCAUAUUCAAUACAGUUCAGUUAAGGGCUUGGGAUGUAUUUCUGUUUAUAUUGUUUCCAGUGUGGUAACUUAGACGAGACGACAUCUACACAAAUUUUUCCAGUGAAUAAAACAAUUUAUUGGAUUUAGAACCGUCGGAUAUUUAUGAUUGACUCUCAGAGGAACAACGUGAAAAAAAUAGUUAUAUUCGAUGGCGGAUGUUUGAACUGUGACGUGUUUUCAUUUAAUGGUUCAAAUAUGAAGAUUUACGGACAGAUAUAUAUGUAAGGGGUAAAAUCUGUGCUUGUGAUAUGUAGUGGAUAAACCUAUAUUAAUUUUGUGAUAUAUUGGAAAAUGAAAACGUUGUCGAAGGAUUAUACAAUUAAUGUGUGCAUUAUUCUGCUUAUAUUUGUACACGCUAAACACGUGCAUUCUGGAAGCGAUGAUGUAAAUACAGAUAUAUCUCCAGUUACACGUGCCAGAUGUUUGGCACGUUGCUUGGACCAAUUUGGUACAGUAAGAUCUACAAAUGAUGACGAAUAUCCAACCAAAAAUUGCAAAGAUACAUCUUGUCGCCAGUGUACAGGACCGUGUGACCUUGACCCAUUUACGUUUGACAAAUGUGGUACUGAUCUUUGCGGUGGUAACCAAUACUGUCUGUCUAGCUGCUCAUUUCUUAAAGAUUUACACGCAGAGGCAUUGUCCAAACAUGAUGCGACACAAGUUAAUCACUCGACAAUACUAAAAGCACCCGAGAUAUUGUGUAAAAAUGUACCAUAUGGUGAAAAUAAGUGUCCAGAUCUUAUAGCCACGGUAUACCUGAGGAUUAAUUCUUAUCCAGUUAACACCAAGCUGUCAUCAGUGUUCGUAAUUAGUGCACGCUAUAUUAAUGAAAUGAAUGACGUCACUAAUUGGACAGCAAUCAAAACAACUGCCGAAACAAUUGUUGAAAUUCCAAAGCUGCGAUGCAGCACUGAUUAUCAGUUUAUGGUAACAACUGUGUUAUCUGACAACGUAUACGGUCAAAGCAAAUCGACGGCGUGGAGUAGAACACCGGGAUAUAACUAUAAGCCUGCUGCUCCGAUAUCUCUGAGUGUGUCCGAGCCUUUCUUAGUCAACCAAAAGCCUAGCAUAACCGUCACGUGGGACCCUGGACCAGAGGCACCCUGCUAUUACAAAAUAUUUUGGUUCGAUCAAACAGUCCUGCAAGAUGAAAUAAAGGUAAGUAAAUGAUACAUUGCAUUCACAUUUAUGGAAAGUCUUGUAUGCCUAUAGGCUCCUGCAACAUUUUCUACGUUCUUUAAGGAUUCAUU